AUGGGAAUCAAGCCCAUCAUCUCACGCACAAGGAUGGAGAGGAUCAGAGGAGAUAGGCACACCAGGGAACUCAUGCCCUUUGAGACCAGCUCCUUCCUACAACUGGAGUUAAACAAGAGAAGGUCUACUCCACCAGGUUGGAUGGACAUCAAGUUUUGCAAGACCAACCUCCUCAUUGAGCACAAGGAGUUGGAUGGGAGAUUCCAAUUCAAGUUCACACAUCCAUUGGCUGGACUCCAAGCUUCUCCUGCCCAACCCUGA